UCUAAAUACGUAGAAAAUAUGAGCAACACAUCCUGACGGGGGCCACGGUCCUGCGCCUCAUUCCGGGAACACCACCAUCUCUAGUGGUUAGAACUCGGCCGCAAUAUUUUCCCCUAUAGCAAGAGUGAUAUUAAUUCAUUUCCGGCGUGACGUUUAUACGAAGCAACUCGGGCCACAACAGCAAACAAAGUAAAGCGGAGGACCGACGACAUCAUGUUUCGAUUUAUGAGAGACACCGAGCCCCAAGAUCCGGCCAUGUUCAUGAUGGACCCCUUCGCGUUGCACCGCCACCAUAUGAGGAGCAUGUUUUCGGGUAACUUUGGAAUGUCGCCGUUCCUGGGCAUCACGGAUGGGAGCGUCGCCAGUCUUCCGCGUGCUGCUUCGCACCGUAACGUACAGCCUGGCGCGGUGACGCCUUUUGGCAUGAUGGGGAUGGGAGGAGGCGGCUUCAUGGACAUGUUUGGAAUGAUGAACGACCUCAUGAGCGGCAUAGAUCAGAUGUCUUCCGGGUCGAACUGUCAGACGUAUUCCUCUUCCACUGUUAUCUCCUACUCCAAUAUGGGCGGAAGCGGCACCCCAAAAGUGUAUCAGGAGACGUCACAGACGCGUACAGCACCGGGUGGGAUUCGCGAGACACGACGCACUAUGAGGGAUUCAGACAGUGGUGUGGAGCAAAUGAGCAUCGGGCACCACAUACGCGACCGGGCGCACAUCAUGCAGCGCUGCCACAACCGCCGCACGGGCGACCGAGAAGAGAGACAGGAAUUCAUCAACAUGGAUGAAAAUGAUGCCGCUGGUUUUGAUGAAGAGUGGCAGAGAGAGACCUACCGCUACAGAGGGCAGAGAGGAGUCGCGUAUCGCAGACGAGGGGAGCCAGAAGAGAGACUCGCCAUACAAGCGCCAGAGGACAACACCGCCAGACCGUCCCGCCGCUAUGACUGGUGAUCAGCUCAGCGGUUGGACCCAAAAAAGCGGAACAAGGACCCCUGGAACAUUGUGAAAAUUCUCAAAACGGGACCACCUCAUCAUAUCGCCUGUUCAUCCACGGAACCUGACUUUCUCCACCCUCCUGCCCUUCCUUUAUUUAUCCUCUAUUUUGUCAUUUAAGUACUCAAUGUUUGCAUAUUUUACCAUCAUUUUACCUCAAGUUAAAUAUUCUUAACAAAACUGUAUUUCUACAGAGAUGGGGAGGCGGUGGAGAUUUUGGGGGUGGGGGGGUAAAUAUUGUGCACUGCAUAAAGGGAGGGAUAGAAAGGGCCCACAAAGGAUAUUAGAGUAGCGGGGAUAGCUAUAAUAGAUAUUUAGGAAGGGGGCAGCGAGGGGCAGAUUUUAAUGGGGGAUGUUUGGCGGCUGGUAGGACAGAGAACGUCUCCGGCGACCGGCUGAUGAAGAAAAGGUUUUUUUUUUCCAAGAAAGAUCCUGUGUAUUCCUAUUACUUCGAGGCGUGAGUAAAUACCUUGGAUUCAGGAUAAAUAUCUUGUUCGGAGUGGUAUGAGUAAUGUUUGUGCUGGUGGGUUUAGGGAUUAGAUUAAGUGAUGCUUUAUCUCGUAGGGAUUGUAGUAACUUUUAUUUUUUUUCCCCCACAAUGUUAAAUUUAAUUAUACACUUAAAUUAAUAAAAGGAGAAGGUGUUCAUCCAG